AUGUCCACCCUCGAACCUCUUCGUGGUUCUUGUUCAUGCGGUCGUAAUGAAUAUAGGAUCACAAUCCCAAACAAUGUAUCAGACCAUGCUCAAAUCUAUUUCGACAGCAGUAGGGAUAACCGAAGAUUUCAUGGGACCCCCCUAACUGCAUGGCUACGAGUUCCCUUGAACUGGUACCAAUCUCAUACUCGAUCCUUUUUCCCGGAUGAAACUCAUAGCAGCAUCCGUCGUAUCUUUACCCCCCACCACGCGCCACACACGAAACGCAUCUUCUGCGGAUUCUGCGGGACACCUCUUACAUACUGGACUGAAGAUCCCCAGGAGGAAUCGGAAUACAUGUCGGUGACGGUUGGAAGCCUCUAUGGUGAUGAUCAACGGGCGCUGGAAUAUCUGAACCUCCUCCCUGAAUCGUCGGACGAAGAAGAGGAAGAGGAGGACGAGGAAGCCCCGGAGGUCGAACCAGCAGGGUCUGUCACCAGAAUCCCUGCAUCUUCAUCUCCCCCUCGUUCUUCAGUAGUCGUGCCAUCGUUUGGAAACGAACCGAGCAUUUCCCGAAGAUACAGACAUGGCACUGCUGGUGGUAUCCCGUGGUUUGAGGAGAUGGUUGAUGGAAGUCGGUUGGGUCGUCUGCUGAAAUCCAGACGAGGUGUAGGCGUUAGUGAUGACCGGGCAACAAGGGUAGAAUGGGAAAUUAAUGAGUGGCGCGAUGAUGGAGCUGGCGAAGAGGUUUAUGUGCAGUCCUCGUCCUCAAGCCACAGCACCGGAAAGAGGAAACGUGGGCAUCGCGUUGAAGUGGAGGAACUGGAGUAAUAAUGGCUAAUGAAGGCAUCUUGAUUUUGAGAUAAAUUUCUAAUUCACCUAAUGAUUCGAUUCUGACCAAAACAU